AUGGCUUCGUCGAAGAGCGCUAGCGGAGCGAUGACUCUUGAGAGAAUGAGCGUCGAACAGUUGAAGGCAGUUAAGGAACAAGCAGAUAUGGAAGUUAACCUUCUUCAAGACAGCCUCACCAACAUCGGCACUGCCACAACUCGCCUUGAGCUCGCCACAACCGCUCUCAACGAUCUCUCUCUCCGAUCUCACGGUAGUAAAAUCCUCGUCCCACUCACCGCUUCUCUCUACGUUCCCGCUACUCUUCAGGAUCCUCAUCACGUUCUCGUCGAUAUCGGAACCGGUUAUUUCGUCGAGAAAACAAUGCCUGAAGGAAAGGAUUAUUGUGAGCGCAAAAUCAAUUUACUCAAAUCUAACUUCGAUCAACUUGUUGAGGUUGCAUCCAAAAAGAAGAAUGUGGCAGAUGAUGCUGGGGUUAUUUUACAGGCGAAAUUGAAGCAGUUAGCAUCUUCAUCCUAA